GGGGGAUUAAAUAACCAAAUGCAGGCAUCAGACAUAGAACCAGCCACCUUUGCUAACACAUGUGCAACUUUGUUGGAUGACCCCCUAAUCAAAUUAAAAGUGACGUUAGAAAAACUUGAGCUCAGAUCUCUAAUAUCCCCAGCAAUAACGCCUUUAGCAGAUAAACUCGAUCCUUGCAAAAUCUCCGAGAUAGCUAACGACGAGUCCGACUCCACCUCCACGAAGUCCCAGUUAUUAUUCUUCAACCAACUUAGCGCCUCACGAAUGCUUAGCAGCUCUGCCUCUGUAGUAGAACACUGACCUUCCCAAGGCUUAGCACCUCCAGCAAGAAACUCCCCAGCUUCAUCCCUAAGGAUCCAGCCGAGGCCAUACCUUCUGCCACCAGUAGAAGCACCAAUGUUUACCUUCUUCCACCCGAUGAAACUCUUCUGUCUAAACUGUUCGGGCAGAUUUUCCGGAGAUUUCGUACUUCAAGAGCAGCCGAAGAUCACCAAAGAGAUACACGUACGCUCGCAGAAAGUGGAAGUGCGUUUGAAAUACUCUGUUACAGUUCUGGUGUUUGUUUUUUCCAGAAGAGGAACUGUAAGCAGCGGAGAAAUGUUGGAUAACGAGAUGGAGGAUAUGGUGGAGUAUACGUUCACGGUGGUGGAGAUUGAUCUGGAUUACGAAUUUGACGCGCCGCGGCACUUCAAUUUCUGCGGCGGAGAGUCUCCAGUGGAGGCGCGUGCAGCUGAGAGCUGGUUUGAAACGGCCGGCACAUAUCCGCCGUCUCCUUUUGUCAAAAAAUUAGUAUCAAGCGAAGGCAAUUGGUGUGGAAACAUAAGUGCUGACGCUAAACCCAAAGAUGCCGAUAGUAUGAGUUUGUCAGAAAGUGGUUCUGAUAUAGAGGAUGUCUAUGAAACGCGUUCUUCUAGACAAGUGUGUAGUACAGCAGGAGAUAGAACAGGAAUUGCACCUAUGUUGGCUAGCACCACUAUGGUCAAAUUUCAAAAUCUACCAGAAGUACUACCAACAGGCUUGACAUUCUAUAAUCACCUUCUGAAAGAUAAUUCAAAAGCAAAAAAUAAGUAUGGUGGGAAGCCUUCAUAUCCCAGAUCCUCUACUCUAAUGAAACCAACAGCAAGUCACCUGGCCAAGCAGAACUCUUCUCACCUAGUUGGUGUUGUAAGAUUUCCUAAUUCGGUGCGUGAUGUAGCGGAGCCAAAAGCAAUUGUCAGUGAUAACCAAGCUAGCAAGAGACAGAAGCUUGAAGGUGGUCUGCUGCACAAGGUUACUGAUACAAAGGCACAAACAAACUUCAUUCAUAAGGCUCCUAAAAGGGAAAUGACCACAGAAAGAAGCAGAAAGUUUCCAAUUCCAAACGUUCCGGAUAAACCACGGAAAGAAACAGAAAAUGUGACAUCAGAUGUUUACAGAUUUAAAGCCCGUCCUUUGAAUAGAAAAAUGUUUGAAACUCCUUCACUGAUUCCAAAGAGAAGUACUCCACAACCACCCCAAUUUCAAGAGUUCCAUUUAAAGACAUCAGAGAGGGCUAAGCAGCACAAAUCAGCUACGUCUUCCAAUGUUGUUUCCAAUAAUACCAAUAAGGUAUUACAAAAUUCUAAUACCGGUUUCAGCUUCGAGUGCGAAAACAAAGAACGUAGAAAACCCAAUAUCACGGAACAAGUGAAACAAGAAGGAUCAUUGUCAUCAAACAAGUUAAAAGCUCUCCCUCUUAAUAAGAAGAUACUUUUGAGCAGAGGAGAUAUGGGGGUUUUUCGUAACAUCAAGAAGGAAACCACUGUGCCCAUGGAAUUUAAUUUUUUUACUGAAAAGAGAGGAGUUCAUCAUAAUCACUCUAACCCACCAAUCGAACUCUUUAACAAGUUAUCUCUAGCAUGUGGAACUCAAUCAAGUGCUGAGGCUCCUUCAAGGUUGAAACAGCCUGCCUUCAUAACUUCAAAGGGUUCUAAAGAAAAUAGAUGGGCUUACUUCCAACAAAACUGUGAGAUAAAACAGACAGACAAGGAAAAGUCACUAGGUCUUCUUGCAAAGCAGAUUCAAAAAUUUGGCGACAGGGUUGUUAACAACUUCAGGAGGUGAUAGUAGGGGAAAAGGUAGCUUUUCUUGGCCCCUUGGUGAUAAACAACACACCACCGGUCCAGCAUCAGCCUUUCCUGCUUCUUGUUUAAACUUGGAAGGUUAAUACAACAUAACACAGUGUAAAUAGAAUGUUCAGAAAGUAGGAAAGGGCUUUUUCCUGGAUGGUUUCAUUUGACUCGAAAAUAUCGCACUUGCGCCUCAACAUUGUUCCCUAAAGAAGAUUUAGGAGCUAAUAAAAAGCCUUGCAAAGUUCAUUAUCGGUUUAAGAUGAUUUUGCAAUCGAAGAUAUCAAUAGCAGCACAUCCAAA